UUAAUCGCAGUUCUGACUUGGCUAUCAAAAGGCAAAUCUAUUUUCCGAAAAAAAGGCCGCGAGUAAUUUUCGCUAUCAUGAUCCUAGAGUUGUCUGGUUCUCGCGAAAACUAUCUCAAUGAUCGUUAGCCGCAGAUGUAAUACAAAAUACAGUAAUAGAGGACGAAAAAUUCUAAUGACAACCCCGAAAUUGAAAACCUGCAGCCUACAAAUGAAAUAUUUGCGAAAUCCAUAGCCACUCUCUGAUGAUUCAGUUUACGAAUGCUUUUAGCAGACUUGUUUGGCCAAUCAAGAAAUAUGCGGACAUAUUAUAGACCUGAUUUUUGUAGAUGAAUAAAAUAGAAGAAACAUCCAGGAUAUCAUCCAGAAGGAAAGGAUCGGUGUACAGUAAAGGCGGCGGUGGCAGGACAUUGUCCAGGUGUCUCACAGACGGCAGCAUCAUCCCCAUCGCUUGGAAUAAUCGUUUAUUACGAUUAAGUAGUGAAUUACCGACGACGUCGUGGGAUUCACAUUUUCUUACGGGCCCGAGCAACGGACAGGCAGCGUGUAUGAUCAUUGAAGACUACCCCCCUCUGCCCACCAGAUCGAGGCAAACCCUGCACCAAGAUACCACCCAACGAUUUUUAAAUUUGGUCCUGCCUAAGCACAGGACCUCAAAAUUUUCCAGUAACAGGCAUCGAAAGCUGCAGCCGUUCAGAGAAACGUGACUGUCGUCAUUGGGUAGUGUGGCGUUCCAAAUCGCUAGAAACGAAAAGCAUCCUGACGCGAUACGUUUCAAGCUACCCUUUGGUAGCCGU